AUGGCAGCUGCGUCUGCAAGCAGCUUCAACGUUGACAAGUCUCAGAUUCCACGACCUUACAAGUGCCCCCUUUGCUCCCGCGCAUUCUACCGCCUCGAGCAUCAGACGCGCCACAUUCGCACUCAUACAGGCGAGAAACCGCACCAGUGCACGCAUCCUGGGUGUGAGAAGCGCUUCAGUCGCAGCGAUGAGCUUACCAGGCAUGUUCGGAUACAC